AUGCUGAUAAGCCGAUUCAUACUGCUCGUCCUCAGCUCGUGUGUGUGCCUGAGUGCGUGUGUCGAGAACACAGAUGCUCCAGCUCCUCAGAUGGCAACAGAGCAACAAGACAAUUCAUCAUUUCCCACCAAAACCUUUCAGAGUGCAGACAGACAGAGGGGUGCUUUUAAACAAGAGCAGGAGAAAAACAACGGACAAAGAUCCUCACACAGAGAUGAGAUUAAAGGCAGCGUCUCAGAAAGCAUCACGUCUGCACUUUCCCUUCAGCAAAGCAGCAAAAACUCUAAUCUAAGCUUAAAGACAAACACCACAAUUGAUUCCAUGGAUAUCCCCAAAUCCCUGAGUUUCCAGGAAGUGCUAAAUGGAACUGUCCGUCUCUCCAGGAGACGGAGGAGCUGGAUCUGGAACCAGUUUUUCGUUAUCGAAGAGUACAGUGGACCAGAACCGGUUCUGCUUGGACGGCUGCGCUCCAGUGUGGACCGAGGUGAUGGGCGUGUCCUGUAUGUCCUGAGUGGUGAGGGGGCAGGGUCUGUGUUUGUGAUUGAUGGCCGAACAGGGAACAUCCACGUGACGAAACCUCUGGACCGUGAACAGAAAGAUCAGUACAGGCUUGUUGCCACGGCAACAGACCAGCGGACUGGACGCGUGCUCGAGGCCUCGUCCCAAUUCACCAUCAGAGUGCAGGACAUAAAUGACAACCCACCUGUGUUCAAGCACACACACUACAUUGCCAGUGUGCCUGAGAGAGCCAGCGCUGGGACAUCUGUGAUUCAGGUGACAGCGACAGAUGCAGAUGAUCAGUCGUAUGGGAACAGUGCAAAGCUUGUUUACUCUGUCAUCCAGGGCCAGCAGUAUUUCACUGUGGACCCACAUUCAGGUGUUGUGCGGACUGCAGUGUCUGAUAUGGACCGAGAGCAGCAGUCUCAGUACAUUGUGGUCUUGGAGGCAAGAGACAUGGCGGGACAUCAGGGAGGUCUAACAGGAACAACCACCAUCACUGUGCACCUCAGCGACGUCAAUGACAGCCCACCACGUUUCACUCAACGAGUAUGGACAUUCUCCGUAUCAGAGUUAGCGCUGCCUGGUGCUGAGGUGGGCCGUGUGAGUGCUACAGAUGCUGAUGUGGGUGAGAACGCUCAACUUGAAUUUACCAUCUUGGAUGGAAAUAGGGGGGAAAUGUUCAACAUCACCGGGCUGAAUCAAGAGGGCGUGAUUAUACUCAACCAGGCAUUAGAUUUCGAGACACACAGCUCGUACACACUCUCAGUGGAAGUCCAGAACCCGAGUGUGGAUAUGCGAUUCCUCCGUGGUGGUGCGUUUAAGGACGAGGCAGUAGUGAGGAUCACCAUCCUGAACGCAGACGAGCCACCGCGCUUCACUCGCAAUCAUUAUAUGCUGAACAUCACGGAGAACUGCAGAGCGGCAUGUAGCGUGGGACGAGUUCAUGCCAUGGACCCUGAUACUGGACACAGCACCAAUAUAGAGUACUCCAUUGUCCCUGCGUCUGACCCUGGGGCAGUGUUUCGUAUUUCUCCUGUUAGUGGCCUCAUUACCGCGGUGAAGGUGUUGGAUCGAGAGCGUGAACAGUGGCACAACAUCACCGUUGCUGCCACUCAGAGAGACAGCCCUAAUCAGGUUACCAGGGUGGUGGUUGCCAUAGAAACGCUGGAUGUGAAUGACAACCCCCCUGAGCUGGAUGGACCAUAUGAGACGGCAGUGUGUGACACGAGCACCACCGGACAGGUGGUACAAGGGAUUCGAGCCACGGACAAAGAUGAGAUCAGCUCCACUUCACCCAUACACUUCAGUGUAUCUGCACACAGCAGUCUGUCUUUGAACUUCACCACGCAGGCGAGAGGAAAUCACACAGCCAAUCUGCUGCUCCGGUCCUCUCUGAAGCCCCUCCCUCACCCCGCCUCUUCUGCUUUACACACUUUAAAAAUACCCAUAAUCCUCCGGGACAGAGCAUCAGAGCUGAGCAGCACAGGGACAGUGACGGUGACGCUGUGCCCUUGUCAGAAUGGAGGGAUGUGGUUGGAGGACAGAAGGAGAGGGAUGGAUGGAGGGAGGAGUGGUGAUGGAGAGGUGUUGAUGGAGUGGGAGAGACAGACGGUGUGUUCAUCUCUGCCAACUUCCUCCAUACUGCUGGGAUUCAGCUCAGCUGCCACGUUGGCCAUCCUGGCCUGUUCCUCCAUCCUCAUGGUAAUGGUGGUGUUGUCUCUGUCCAUGCGGAGGAAGAAGAGUGACUCUCUCUCCUCGGAGGAGAACGAUGAGAUCAGAGAGAACAUUAUUACAUAUGAUGAUGAAGGUGGAGGAGAGGAAGACACAGUUGCAUUCGACAUCACUGCGCUGAAGAGCAUCCCACACACCAUACACGCGCGAGGUGUUGGUUCCGUCCCUCUGUACGGCCCUCUCUGCUACAGCAUACACACGGCGAGCAGCAGCCCGUUUGGCCCGUGUGAGUCUCGGCUGGACCGGGAUAAACCUGCACACACACUCCCCAGCGGAUACACACUGAACAUUGGGCUGUUAGAACCGGGUUCUAUGCUCACAGAACCAGCUGAGGAGUGCAAGAGAUCAAAUCAGAACAGGACUGAAGAUUCUGCUGAUAUCAUGCUGAAAAAGAGCCAGGCAGGAAGUGAUGUCAUCACACAAGAUCAGGGUCCGUUAGUCCUAAAUGACUCUGCUGAUCAUCUGGUUGCAUCGCGUACAGCUCACCUCCACUCGUCUGUGUCCUCAUCUGUCGCUCCAGAUGACAUCACGCCUCCGCACAAUACAGGAAACAACACAGCUUCAUUCAGAACCAUGGAGGGAACCUUACUGAGAGCUGGCGGAGGGUUACACAUGACCGGAACUCCUUUUUUGUACCUGAAUACAGGACAGGACUACGUUCAGCACCUGGUCGGGCUACACGUUGGAGGGCAUGGCUUCUUUAGACCUGAUUUAGGGGGUGUAGCUAUACCCCUAGCUCUUAGGAUAGAUGAAUUACUGCAGCACCGACUUGCCAGAGUGACCUUUGACCCCAUGCAGCCUCCAUAUGAUUCACUGCAGAUGUAUGAGCAUGAGGGGGUGGGGUCAGAAACCAUCUCCCUCAGCUCUUUGGAGAGUGAAGGAGAUGGAGGGAUAGAGACAGAGGGGUUAAUUGAUUGGGGACCCAAGUUUAACAGGUUGCUGGAGAUCUUUAGAGAGAGGGAACAGGAGAAAGAUGGAGGGAAAAAAGAAGAGGAAAUACAUGGAGAGCAGCAGAAGAGUGUGGAGGAAGUGGGUGGAGAACGAGAAGUACAGAAGGAACUCAACAGCAAAAAGGAUAGAGAUUAUAAAGAAUAA